AUGAGUUUAGGUGAUGAUCAUCCUUGCAAGGUUGCUGGGGUAGGUAACAUUAAGGUGAGGAUGUAUGAUGGGGUCAUUAGAAUAUUGACCAAUGUGAAAUAUGUCUCGGAGCUGAAGAAAAACCUGAUUUCAUUGGGCUACUUGGAGAAGCACGAGUGUGCUUUUGGUAGUCAACCGGGUAGCGGCUGUUUGAGGAUCACGAAGGGGGCCUUGGUGGUGAUGAAGGGCAGAAGGAUGGCCAAUAAUCUCUAUGAGAUGGAAGGCUCAAUGGUGACGGAUAGUGCAGAGGUGUUGGCAGCAGCACAGGAGAAGCAGUUUGUCUACAAAUUGUGGCACUAUCGGAUGGGUCACAUGAGCAACAGGGGGCUCACGGAACUCGGUAAGAGAGGUAUGAUUCCAGAAGGUAUGGAUCUAUCUGGGAAAAAAUUAGAGAUGUUUGCCUGGUUUAAAUUCUGGAGGGUUGAAGUUGAAAAGGAAAUAGGGCAGCCAGUGAGGUACUUGAGGUCUGACAAUGGCGUAGAGUAUACAAGCUCUGAGUUCAAAAGAUCUCCCAAUAGAAAGCUUGAUGGAGGCAUUCUAGAGGAGAUCUGGAGUGGGAAGAAGGUGGAGCUUGGCCACCUAAAGAAGUGUACCAUUAGUAGAAAUGGGAUCUUUGAUGAGGAGAGCAUUCUGAAGAAGUCAGGAUUUGCAGAUGAGGCUGAAAAGGCUGGACAAGGCAGCAGUGGACAACACUCACUAGUAGGUGAUAUUUCUUCAAAUUCUACAUCGAAACGUGUUUCUUUUGAGAUAGAAUUUGGUAGGCAUGUUUCCACACAUGUGAAGGACCAGCUAGGAGAGCCAUCAGUCCAGAAAGAGGUGCAAGUAGAGCCACAGAGUUUCGGUUUGAGGGACCUUGUCAGGAAAAUUGCACCGCACAGGCCAAAGCGCAUCAUCUACAAACCUGUUCGGUAUGGCAUUGAUGAGACUAUAUCCUAUGCUCUCAUCACUGCUAAUGGAGAUCCAGAGACAUUUGAAGAGGCCAUGGAGAGCUCAGAAAGGAAAUCAUGGAUUCAAGCCAUGAUGGAAGAGAUGCAGUCUCUUGAGAAUAGCAGGACAUGGCAGCUUGCAGUUUAUCGGGAGGUGCUCGGGCCAUUGGUUCUAAAUCGGUCUUCACAAAGAAAGAGAUAUGAGCAUGAUAAUUGUGUCUAUGUGAAGGAUGUGGAUGAGGAGAAUGCUCUAUAUUUGCUUCUAUAUGUGGAUGAUAUGCUUAUUGCCAGCAAGAGUAUCAACGCAGUGAAUGAGCUGAAAUCAGCAUUGUCUGCUGAAUUUGAGAUGAAGGAUUUGGGUCCUUCCAAAAAAAUUCUUGGAAUGGAGAUUUGCAGAGAUAGAAACAAGGGUGUCCUCCACUUGUCAUUGGGAGGAUACAUUUAG